AUGGCAACUCAAACAUUCCUCUACUGUUCUCUCUUAGCUAUCACCAUCUUCUACGUCUCCUCUUCCGCAGCUCACCACAAAAACCUAACCAUCAAGCUCAUCCACCGUGACUCUCCUCACUCUCCACUCUACAACCCUCACCACACCGUCUCCGACCGUCUCAACGCCGCUUUCCUCCGCUCAAUCUCCCGUUCCCGCCAGUUCACAACCAAAACCGAUCUCCAAUCAAGUCUAAUAGCAAACGGCGGCGAGUACUUCAUGACCAUCUCAAUUGGCACUCCACCGUCGAAAGUCCUCGCCAUCGCCGACACCGGAAGUGACUUAACAUGGAUCCAAUGCAAACCAUGUCAACAGUGUUACAAACAGAACACUCCACUCUUCGACAAGAAGAAAUCCUCCACCUACAAAACCGCAUCUUGCGACUCCAAAGCCUGCCACGCGUUGUCCGAAACCGAAGGAGGAUGCGACGAGUCGGGAAACACCUGCAAAUACCGUUACUCUUACGGAGACGAAUCGUUCUCCAAAGGCGACGUUGCGACGGAAACUAUCUCCAUCGAUUCCUCCGAUGGCUCUCCCGUUUCUUUCCCCGGUACAAUCUUCGGCUGCGGUUACAACAACGGCGGUACGUUCGAAGAAACCGGAUCAGGAAUCAUCGGACUCGGAGGAGGACCGUUGUCUUUGGUUUCGCAGCUAGGUUCUUCGAUAGGGAAGAAGUUCUCUUAUUGCUUGUCACACACGGCAUCUACAGAAAACGGCACAAGCGUGAUAAACCUAGGAACCAACUCGAUACCUUCCACCCCAAGCAAAGACUCCGCUGUGCUCACAACUCCGUUAGUCGAGAAAACCCCUAACACUUAUUAUUUCUUGACUCUCGAAGCAAUCACUGUUGGCAAAACCAAGCUUCCAUACACCGCAGGAGACGGUUUAAACGGAGGCAAGUCGUCGAAGGCCACAGGGAACAUCAUAAUCGAUUCCGGGACGACGCUCACACUUCUUGAAUCUGGCUUUUACGAUGAUUUUGGUGCGGCGGUGGAAGAGUCUGUGACGGGAGCUAAGCGUGUGAGUGAUCCACAGGGGAUUUUGUCGCACUGUUUCAGAGCCGGAGGUAAAGCACUCGGUUUGCCGGAGAUAACGAUGCAUUUCACUGACGCCGACGUGAAGCUAAGUCCGAUGAACGCGUUCGUGAAAGUGAGCGAAGAUAUGGUCUGUUUGAGUAUGAUUCCGACAACUGAAGUUCCUAUCUACGGUAAUAUGGCUCAGAUGGAUUUUCUUGUCGGAUACGACCUGGAGAAGAAAACGGUGUCGUUUCAGAGCAUGGAUUGCUCUGGGAACUUCUGA